CGAGUAAGGUUUCACAGAUGCACAGAAGGCUUUUAAAACCAGUGACAUUUGCAGUAAGCCAUUGCUGCACAGGCUCUGUCAUUCAGUUCCUAUGUGUUUUUGGUAGGCGCUGAGAUGAUGGAGGCAGGGGAAGUUUCUGCGGCACUUCUUAAUUUCCAGGAGGCUGCAGCCCUGCCCUGUCCGAGGAGUGUCCUGGCUCAGGUUCAUACCUUAAUGGGUCUCUGUUUAAGACAGCUGGGUAGGCCCCAGAGUGCCCUGCAGUGCUACAGAAAGGCCCUGGAAAUAGAUUUUGGCUGUCUGAGCGCGCUCUAUCAGAGCUCACUUGUGUUCAGACAACUAGCAGUGGCACAGGCAGAGAUAGAGGCCCUCCGUUUGCUUCAUUCCGCUGUGGUGUGUUCUGCACAGAAAGAGUCCUGCUGUAAUUGGAUCCAUCUGAUUACCCACGAGUCUCUGCUCUGCAGCCCGUCUCUGAUCUCCACGUUCAAAACGCCAGCUGUGCUCGGUGUCAAGCACUCCCUGGCACAAAGCAAUCUGCGUUACGGAAGAAUAUCGGAAGCAGUAGAGCAGUAUCUUGACCUGUUGACUUCAUUUCAUAACGAUGAACAGCUGGUGACCACGGAUAGCAGUCCAGCCCUUCCCAGAAUCCCUGAAAUCUAUCUUGAAGCGGCAGUAUCCUUGUUGAAGGCCAAGAGAUACUGGGACGUUGUUGCAGUAUGUGAGGAAGUUGUUGCUAAGACGGUAGACCUCAUUCCGCAGAGACUCACCCUGGAUCUGUCACAGAAAGAACUCCAAGAAACCAGUGCCGCUUUUCUGGUCCCUUCUCUGUGUGGAAAACAAUUUCGGAAAGAUACAGAGGGGAAGAAAGAAAGCUUGAACUGUGCCCUUUGGGCUGCAACAGCCUUUUUCUUCCAGGGACAGGCAUUUACUUGGCUAAAAGAGAGUAAGGAGUCGAUUAGUAAUUAUACCAGGUGUAUAAAUAUUGUGAUUAAGGUGCCUGUUGAACAUACAGGAGGUCCGGACCUGUGUGAGGAGACCCUAACUAGCAUUAUGGCCUUGCGGAGGCUGAAGGCCCUGGCUUUCGCUGGCAGAGGGGUGAGCUUCAUGGCAAGACAGCAAGGGAAAGAGGCUCUCCUCAACUUCCAGCUCAGUCUACAGGCAACCCCAGGCUGCGAGGAGACGGAGCUAUGGCUGACGGAAGCGCUCUGGAGCCUUGGGCGCAGGGAGGAAGCCGUGGCCUUCUGGAGCAAGCAUCAGAGCUCCACACGGGAAGAAACUGUUGAGGAAGUUCCGCAAAGAGCUCUUCCCCUUUAUCUGAUGUCUUCUGUUGGAGAGAUGGAAACUGUGGACGCAGAAGAGAUGAGGAGGAGGAUGAGGGAAUGCUCAAGCUGAGGACCACCACUGGGAGGACAAAGCAGCCUGCAAGCGUGCAGUCUAAGAAACUGAAUGUCUAAAUCUAACCAUAUGACUUGUUUACGGUGCUGGAUUUGUGUACCGCAAAUGUCUGACCUGACUACAAGGCAUGUGUCAGAAACUGAGAACCAAAGCACAAAGAAUGAACCCAUCAUUUGCAUUUUCGUCGUGUGUUUGUGCCAGUCCAUCCUGGUUUUUCUUGGGUGUCUGUCCUUCCAGAUCCAAAAAUCCAUUGUAACUGCUUGAGUUGCAUUUCACAAUAACCAAAAUGAACUCCACUCUUUCGCUGUCAGGCCUGACACUUAUGGUCAUCCCUUGAGUUUGUGCUAUUUGUUUUGUUUUUCUUAGUAACUUAAUUUGUAUACAAUGGAAAGAGUACAAAUAAUGCAAGACUUAUAAAUGCAUGGGCAUACAUUAGAAUCCCGUGUUUUCUUUUCUUGAGGAACAGUAAAUCCAAACUAAAAAGCUUUUGGGUUGUUAAAGGUAAAUUGCAGAAGAUAAUGUAAUAAGAUGUAUGGGGGGAAACCAUGGAUAUUAAAGAAAUAUGAUGUAACUGGAGGUAUGGUAAUCUUUGGUUGCGAUUUAAUUAAUGGCACGAGACCACAUUUUCAAUAAACUGGUUCUGGAAUUUAACAGCCUACCAUUAUAAUCUA